AUGCGAAUAAACAAGCACAAGCCAUGGAUUGAAACUUCGUACCAUGGGGUCAUUACUGAAAACAAUGACACUGUCAUUUUGGAUCCUCCCCUUGUUGCUUUGGAUAAGGAUGCCCCAGUUCCCUUUGCAGGUGAAAUCUGUGCUUUUAAAAUUCAUGGGCAGGAAAUGCCCUUUGAAGCUGUUGUGCUAAACAAGACAUCUGGAGAAGGUCGUCUUCGAGCAAAAAGUCCAAUUGACUGUGAACUGCAGAAGGAGUACACAUUCAUCAUCCAGGCUUAUGACUGUGGAGCAGGACCUAGCGGAACAAACUGGAAGAAAUCUCAUAAGGCAGUGGUCCAUAUCCAGGUAAAGGAUGUUAAUGAGUUUGCACCAGCUUUCAAGGAGAGCUCAUAUAAGGCCACAGUAACAGAAGGAAAGAUCUAUGACAGUAUAUUGCAAGUGGAAGCCAUAGAUGAAGACUGUUCACCACAAUACAGCCAGAUAUGCAAUUAUGAAAUUGUCACUACUGAAGUUCCUUUUGCCAUUGACAGAAACGGUAAUAUCCGAAACACUGAGAAGCUGAGCUAUGAUAAACAGCACCUGUAUGAGAUAAUGGUAACUGCUUUUGACUGUGGGCAGAAACAUGCAACAGAAGAUGUGUUAGUACGAGUGGACGUCAAACCAGUUUGUAAACCAGGGUGGCAAGACUGGAGCAAGCGUAUUGAGUAUAAGCCUGGUUCUGGCAGCAUACCUUUGUUUCCCAGCAUUCACCUGGAAACCUGUGAUGGGCCAGUUUCCUCAAUCCAGACCACCAUUGAACUGCAGACUAAUUAUAUUGGAAAGGGCUGUGACCGGGAAACAUACUCAGAGAAAUCCCUGCAGAAACUAUGUGGAGCAUCUUCAGGUGCCAUUGAUUUAUUACCCACACCUAGUGCAAUAACAAACUGGACAGCAGGGCUUCUGAUGGACAACAAUGACAUGAUUUUUAAAUUUGAUGGCAAACAAGGAGCCAAAAUUCCUGAUGGAAUAGUACCAAAGAAUUUAACUGAUCAGUUCACCAUCACAAUGUGGAUGAAGCAUGGACCCAGUCCAGGAUUAAGAGCAGAGAAAGAAACUAUUCUCUGUAACUCAGACAAGACAGAAAUGAACCGACACCAUUAUGCCCUUUAUGUGCACAACUGUCGGCUGGUGUUCCUGUUGCGCAAAGAUUUUGACCAGGCAGAUACAUUUCGCCCUGCAGAAUUCCAUUGGAAGCUGGAUCAGAUUUGUGAUAAAGAGUGGCAUUACUACGUCGUCAAUGUUGAAUUUCCUGUGGUUACCUUAUAUAUGGAUGGUGCAACAUAUGAACCUUACCUUGUGACAAAUGAUUGGCCCAUUCAUCCAUCACACAUAGCUAUGCAGCUAACUGUUGGUGCUUGUUGGCAAGGAGGUGAAGUCACUAAACCAAGAUUUGCUCAGUAUUUCCAUGGCAGUCUUGCCAGCCUCACUAUCCGGCCAGGCAAAAUUGAGAGUCAGAAAGUGAUUUCCUGUUUGCAGGCCUGCAAGGAAGGUCUAGAUAUUAAUUCUCUUGAGAGUCUUGGCCAAGGAAUAAAGUACCACUUCAACCCUUCCCAGUCAGUCCUUGUCAUGGAGGGAGAUGAUAUUGAGAAUAUAAAUCAAGCUCUCCAAAAGGUCUCAUAUAUCAACUCUAGACAGUUCCCUACUGCAGGUGUACGGCGUCUUAAAGUCUCUUCUAAAGUCCAAUGUUUUGGUGAAGAUGUCUGCAUUAGUAUCCCAGAUAUAGAUGCCUAUGUCAUGGUGUUUCAGGCUAAUGAGCCCAAGAUUACAAUAAGUGGAAUGGAUCACUUUGCUAGACCAGCUACACAAUUUGAAAGUGAGAGAGGGGUGACUCUGUUUCCAGAUAUCAAAAUUGUCAGCACAGUCACCAAAACGGAACAUCCUGUGGACUUUAAAGAAAAUGAUAGAGUCUAUAAGCCCAUUGUGUUAGAAGAAAUGCUUCACAACUUGGAUUUCUGUGACAUUUUGGUUAUUGGCUUGGAGCUAGAUCCCAGACAGGAAUGUUUAGAGCUGGAUCAUAAGGAAAUUCAAGGAAAACAUCUAGAUGCUACAAAUUCCACAACAGGCUAUUCAAUCUAUGGUGUGGACACAAUGAGAAACUAUGAACAGGUGCUUCGACAGGUUCGGUAUCGUAAUUGGCAUACUUCAAACAUCUUUGACAGAAAGUUUAGGGUGAAGUGCUCUGAGCUGAAUGGGCGUUACACCAGCAAUGAAUUUAAUUUGGAGGUUAAUAUUCUACAUAACUCCAACUCUAAUUUCAUGGAGCACAUAAAUCAUAUGGUAGUACAGCCACAAUUUCUGCAAUCUAUUCACCAUCCAGAGGAAAGCAUAAACAGUAUUCAUGGCUCAGUUGUUCCAGGUGUAGCUACCAUAGUUAUAAUAAUCUGCAUUAGUAUAUUAGUCUUCAUCAUAGCCUUGGGUGUCUACAGAAUUCAGACAGCUCAUCAGCACAGCUCUACAGAAAAUGAAGGAAACAAAGAAAAUGAAAUGGAUUGGGAUGAUUCUGCUUUGACUAUUACUGUCAACCCCAUGGAGAAAUAUGAACAGCCUCACCCAGCAGAAGAGGAGACUGAGGAAGAGGAGGAAGAGGUAGAAGAUGAAGAGGAAGAUACAACCAGUGCUGAAUCAGAUGAAAGUGAUGAGGAGGAAGAGGUGGAGGACGAAGAAGAAGAAGAAAUUGGAAAUAAGGGAAACAAACAGAAUGCCACCAGGUAUUAUAUCUCUACAAGUGAUUCUAAAGGCACGAGGCUGUUGAAAUCAAUAUCAAGAUAUACUGCACCGACUGACACCAGUUCAAGUUAGAAAUAGACUGCUAGGGUUUGUUAAAUCUUACUAUUCUCUAAAAUGGGAUGGUGAUAUUGUUUUGGAAUAAUCAUUAAUUCAAACAGAUAAUGGUAUCUGGGUGAUAUACAAUAUACUACAGAAAUUAAGAACAUGUAAGAAACAUUUGAUUGUUUGGAGAUAGAAGAAAUAUAGCUUGUUCAGGUCUUUGUAAUCACUAGGAACACCAUCCUUUCUCUGACAGUGCAUAAAUGCUGAUUAGAUUAAGUAAAUCUCUGCCAGUUGUUAUAUGUUUAUUGAAAAUGACAAUAUAAAACUUGUAGCAUAAUUUAAUUUUCAUGUAACCUAUUUCCAGUAAUGUAGCUUGAGGGAAAGGAAUCAAGUGCUGAAAAUCUUGAUGUCUAACACAUGAUUAAUAUCCUAAUUUCUUUCACUAUAUUUGCUUCACAUUUAUGGAGUAUGUUUUUCCUGUAAUGUUUUGUACACUAUUUCUCCAUUCCCUCUCCAGAACAAGGCAGUCAGGUGGUAGCGAUAGCUAGGGAGCUGUUCUACAGGAAAGACAGGUGUCUUAAUAUUUAGACUAAUACUUUAAAUGCAGCUGGACAUUCAUCCCCUAUCUGAUAAGUGACAUUUUGGUGUUUGCUAACACAUUAGUUUUGUGGGUGAAGUUAUGUGGUAAUUGGAUCUUUGCAACUGUCAGCCCAAUGAGUAAACACAGUGAUUCAAGUAAGAUUUAGUGAUUUUAUAUACAAAAAAUUCUCUUUCUGUUACUCCUGGUGGUUCAUGCACAUGCACUUGGAAACACACAUCAAGCUGGUUCAUUUGUUUAGUUCUGUAUCCUAAGGAGAUUCAGGCUGAUGACAAACAUAAGAUUGAUGCACCCUUGGUUGUAAAUUCCCAACCAUCUGUGUGAAGGAGGUUGCUUACUCUCUGUCAACUGCAGGGCAAAUUAGGAGAGGAGCAAGAAAUAAUUGAUGUUGUAAGAGUGGGAGCCUUUAAAAAUACUACAAAAUGUAUUGUAUUUCUUUGUGAAUUUUAAAUGUCUAUCCCAUUACCUAUCCCAUUACAGCUCUGUGUUAUUUUAAUGUAACAUACCUAAUGUUUUUACCAAUAUCAACAAUCUCACUUUUCCCAAAACUAUGUAACAGCCUAGCAUUCAUGCCUUUCUCAGCUAAGGCAUAGGGCAGGUAAAAUAACUUACACUAAGCCCUUAAUGACCACAGAUUCUGGCUUUGCUGGUCUCACUGAGUAUGAAUUGUAGGGGAAGCAGUCUUUCACAGAGAACCAGCUCCCUUCUAGCCCUCAGCUUGACAGCAGAAUUGCCCCCACCAACCUUGGCUGUACUGCCUAUGUCCAAAUGACAUUGAGCUUUGCUAGCCAGUAUCCCCAUUUUGAAUCUGCAUUGAAAAAACAAAUAGGAAGCCAAUGGGGUCUGUGAAAAUUAUUUCUACAUGGUCUUAGAGGGUAACAGUGUAAUACCAGCCAGGGAUUCCCUUAUAAGGCAGAGUAGUGUUGGGACCAUUGUUCUAGAUUAUUCUAAUAUUUUUAAUAAAGGAAAUAGAAGCCCAUUAUAAAGGCAUUAGUUGAGAGUACUUUGACUGAUUUAGCCUUCCUUUUUAGAUGAUAUUAGCUGGAAAAAUGGCCCUCUUUUCUCUGGGAAAACAAGGCAAAAAAGACUAUCCUCCAGUGUCUGAGAGUUAAUCACCAGACUUAAAGCAAACUAGAAUAAAUAUUGGGUAAGCCAUGUCAAAUCUAAGAAAUAUCUUUGCUAAAAAAAGACUGCAUUGUUUUAAAACAUCCUUGUUCAUUUCACAAAAGCUUGAGUAUCAUUAAGGGCAAAAAGUAUCACAAGAAAUACUAACAGAAAAGACACUAUAUUUGAAGGUCCAGUGAUGUAAAGGGGAUUCUACAAAUUUGUCAGCAUUCCCCGGGGUUCUGUGAAUUCAUAAUGUCACUCAUGGUGACUAAAAGUAUGGUUUGUCCUUGGAUCUGAUCCAAUAUCUCCUGAAAAAAAAUUCUUGAUUUCAAUAGCUGUUGCAAUAGUCCCAGUGACAGCUUAGUUAUUACCUUUGUUUCUUCAUCUGACAAACAGGGACAAGAAUAGUGACGUCCACCUUAGGGGACACUGUUGAUGUAGAUAAUGAAUGAAGUCUUUGCCCCAAAGUGUGUACAAUCAAGACACAGGACUAUUGUUUUAUUAACUGUUGGUUAUGGGGAAAUACUCAUAACUGUUUUGAAAAAAAUGUUCUCUGAGGAGUAACCAAAACCCUGACAGAUUCAGCAUAGCCAGACUUCAGUAGUUAGUGUACAUGCAGAAAAGAAUUAA